ACAGAAUCUGUGGCUCCAGAACCGAAGACAGAAUCUGGGGGCCCAGAACCAAAGAAAGAAUCUGAUCCAAACAUCCUGAAGAAAGAUGCCCAAACCCCUGGCUUGGAGAAAGGUGCCUCAGUGAGCAGCCAGGGCGCACAGGGGACAGAAGAUAUGAGUGGGGCUGCUGCAGAGGGCAGCACUGGGCAGCCAGCUGCCCUGCCCCAGCAGACCACCACCGCCACGGCUGCUGUCCAGGACCUUGGAGAACCCAGGGCCAAAAAAAAGGAGGUGGAGGCACACGCAGCGGCCAGAAGAGGUUCACCUGCCUUUCUGCACAGUCCCAGUUGCCCAGCCAUCUUGUCCAGCUCUGAGAAGCCAGCGGCUGUGAAGCCCCCGAAAGAAACAUCAGAGCUCAUCUUUGAAGGGGUACCUGUGACCCCUGGCCCCGAAGAACCCAGCCCAGCCAAGACUGCAGGAGAGAAGGUCUUGGCAAGCAACUCCAAGGAAGGAGACAAGGCUCCUGGCCAGACUGGCCAGGAUAAGGAGCAAGGGGACACCUCGAAGGGGACAGCGAUCCAGGCUGUUCCCUUGGAGAGACCAGAGGUGGGGCAAGCCCUUGGCCUCAGCAUCCGGGAGGAGGACUGCUUCCAGAUUUUGGAUGACUGCCCGCCACCCCCGGCCCCCUUCCCACACCGCAUCGUGGAGCUGAGGACUGGCAGUGUCAGCAGUGAAUUCAGCAUGAACUCCAAGGAGGCUCUGGGCGGCGGCAAGUUUGGAGCUGUCUGCACCUGUGUAGAGAAAGCCACAGGCCUCAAGCUGGCAGCCAAGGUUAUCAAGAAACAAACCCCCAAAGACAAGGAAAUGGUGUUGCUCGAGAUUGAGGUGAUGAACCAGCUGAACCACCGCAACCUAAUCCAGCUGUAUGCAGCCAUAGAGACAACCCACGACAUCAUCCUCUUCCUGGAGUACAUCGAGGGCGGCGAGCUCUUCGAGAGGAUUGUGGACGAGGACUACCCGCUGACCGAGGUGGACACCAUGGUGUUCGUGCGCCAGAUCUGUGAUGGCAUCCUCUUCAUGCACAAGAUGAAUGUAUUGCAUCUGGACCUCAAGCCAGAGAACAUUCUGUGCGUCAACACCACGGGCCAUUUGGUGAAGAUCAUCGACUUCGGCCUGGCACGGAGGUACAACCCCAACGAGAAGCUGAAGGUGAAUUUCGGAACCCCCGAGUUCCUGUCGCCCGAGGUGGUGAACUAUGACCAAAUCUCUGACAAGACAGACAUGUGGAGCAUGGGAGUCAUCACCUACAUGCUGCUGAGUGGCCUCUCCCCAUUCCUGGGAGAUGAUGAUACAGAGACCCUGAACAAUGUGCUCUCCGCUAACUGGUAUUUUGAUGAGGAGACCUUCGAGGCUGUGUCUGACGAGGCCAAAGAUUUUGUGUCUCACCUUAUCGUCAAGGAGCAGGGGGCUCGGAUGAGCGCCGCCCAGUGCCUGGCCCACCCCUGGCUCAACAACCUGGCAGAGAAGGCCAAGCGCUGCAACCGACGCCUCAAGUCCCAGAUCUUGCUUAAGAAAUACCUCAUGAAAAGGCGCUGGAAGAAAAACUUCAUUGCUGUUAGCGCUGCCAACCGCUUUAAGAAGAUUAGCAGCUCGGGAGCACUGAUGGCUCUGGGGGUCUGAGGCCCAGGUUGGGGGGGGCAGCUAAGGCCUGGACACAACCACACAGGGCCGGGGGCUGAGGCCACACAGCCCUGAAGGCCAGAGCAGACAGACGGCCAGAGUCCAGCGUGGCCAGGCCUGCGUCAGGUUGGGAGGCUCGGGGCUCCCACACCCCCAUGC